GACGGGGGGACUCGGGUAGCGCCGCUCGGGGCCCCAUCAGCCCUGAAGCUUGUGCAGCCAUAUCCCACCUCCUGACGUGUGAUGAAAGAACAGGAAAUGGGAGCCUGGGAGAAGCGGAAAUUGCAGCAGCAGCGGCAGAGCUAGGAAGCACCAGCCAGCAGCUGCAGAAGCUGUGCAGUCAGGAAGUGAGCUGGGAACAAAAUGUGGAAGGCUACUGCAGGUCACGCCAUUUCUGUCAACCAGAGUGAUGGAGCUGAUGACUGGGAGACAGAUCCUGAUUUUGAGAAUGAUGUGAGUGAGAAAGAACAGCGCUGGGGUGCUAAAACUGUGCAAGGAUCUGGACAUCAAGAACACAUCAACAUUCACCAGCUGAGAGAGAAUGUGUUCCAAGAACACCAGAGCCUCAAGGAGAAAGAGCUUGAAACAGGACCAAAAGCUUCCCGUGGCUAUGGAGGGAAGUUUGGUGUGGAACAAGACCGUAUGGAUAAAUCAGCUGUUGGCCAUGAAUAUCAAUCUAAGCUUUCUAAACACUGCUCCCAAGUGGACUCAGUAAGAGGUUUCGGAGGCAAGUUUGGAGUACAAAUGGACAGAGUUGACCAGUCUGCUGUGGGUUUUGAAUACCAGGGGAAAACAGAGAAACAUGCCUCUCAAAAAGAUUACUCAAGUGGUUUUGGUGGUAAAUAUGGAGUGCAGGCCGACAGAGUAGACAAGAGUGCAGUGGGCUUCGAUUACCAGGGUAAAACAGAGAAGCAUGAAUCUCAAAAAGAUUAUUCCAGAGGCUUUGGUGGUAAAUAUGGGGUUGACAAGGACAAAGUGGACAAAAGUGCAGUUGGCUUUGAAUAUCAAGGCAAAACAGAAAAGCACGAAUCACAGAAAGAUUAUGUGAAAGGAUUUGGAGGCAAGUUUGGUGUACAGACAGACAGACAGGAUAAAUGUGCACUUGGUUGGGAUCAUCAGGAGAAAGUGCAACUGCACGAAUCCCAGAAAGAUUAUAAGAGUGGUUUUGGAGGGAAAUUCGGUGUUCAAACAGAGAGGCAGGACCCAUCUGCUCUGGGGUUUGAAUACAAGGAGAAACUAGCCAAGCAUGAGUCUCAACAAGAUUAUUCAAAAGGGUUUGGUGGAAAGUAUGGGGUACAGAAGGAUCGAAUGGAUAAGAAUGCAUCGACUUUUGAAGAUAUUGAGAAACUGUCAUCAACUUAUCAGAAGACCAAGCCAGUAGAAGCUGUGAAUAAUAAAACAAGCAACAUCCGAGCUAACUUUGAAAACCUAGCCAAGGAAAAGGAACAGGAAGACCGAAGGAAGGCAGAAGCUGAGAGAGCACAAAGAAUGGCCCAGGAGAAACGAGAACAGGAGGAGGCGAGAAGGAAACUAGAAGAACAAGCUAAAGCCAAAAAACAAACUCCACCUCCAUCUCCCACCCCACAGUCUGCUGAUGAGAAGCUGCCCUCAAGCCCAGUUUAUGAGGAUGCAGCUUCAUAUGAGUCAGAUGCAAUCUACAAGAAUUCCAAUACAAUAUAUUCAACUGUACAUGAGCCGGAAUCCAGCUACAAAGCUGAAGAGUCAAACUACCAAGAAGCAGUCAGUCAGCAGGAGCCAGAAUAUGACCCAGAGACAGUCUAUGAAGUGGCAGGGGCAGGAGACCUCUAUCAAGCAGAAGAAAAUACUUAUGAUGAAUAUGAAAAUGAACUUGGAAUUACAGCCAUUGCCCUUUACGAUUACCAGGCUGCGGGAGAUGAUGAGAUUUCCUUCGAUCCAGAUGACAUCAUCACGAACAUAGAAAUGAUUGAUGACGGCUGGUGGAGGGGAGUGUGCAAAGGCAGAUAUGGGCUCUUCCCAGCCAAUUAUGUUGAGCUGAGGCAAUAAAGAAUAUUGUCAACCGAUUAUGCCUUAAUGCCAUAGUCAUUAAACCUGAUUUAAUACACUACAAAUCAUGAUGCUUUUUUGAGGAUGGAGGGGUAUAUACAUAUUGCUUUUAUAUUUAAUACUUUGCUGAUGCUUUUUAAAAUGUUUAUGCCACAGAAUUCGCUAAUAUAUUGUAACUCUUAUGUUCCCCACCAAGGCCCCUGGUAAUGGUUUUUAUGCAUUUUGAAAUGUUUUUCCUUAUUCUUUGCCAAAUUAGUGAUUGUCAUUAAAUGCCAUUUCAAGGACUAUUAGCUGCCUGUCAUAAGAAUGCAUGUUUCACUCAUACCUGUAAGUGAACAGAAUUACCUAGUGAUUAAGUCUAGUUAGUCUUCCACUAAAUGUUGUCAGCUAAAGAUCAUGGCUAUGUAGGUAAUUUGCAUUUCCACAUAAGUAGGAGUACACCUGUAUUUCCAUAUAUAGUGUAUGGAUAAGGGAAGAGAAGGACUUGAGAGUUACAGUUAAUGACAACUACCUAACUUUGAAUAUUGGCCAAUAUUUAGAUAUGUAUUGAUACUAUGAAGGAAACAGUCCAGUUAUUCAUUAUUUCAUUUUAAAGUGAGGUCUCUUGGCUCUUUUAUGGACUUUCUGGUGCUACUGCUUUUGUCUUUUCCCCUAUGGACAUCUUAGCACUAGCUCUUGCUAAUCGCUUCGUUCUCUCCCCCCUCCCAGAAAACCCUUUUAAAGUUGCUACAGAAGUGCUUGCAAAAUUUCAGUGUUGACUCAUCCAAGGACAUGCAUGGUCUUUUCAAGGAACCCCAAACUGGCAUCCAAAACAGAACCCCACUACUUACAGUAACAGUCUCUCUGCCUUAAAGAUUAAAAGGAAGUACAAUGUUGCUAUAUGGCAUCGUGUGUACAAAUAUAUUUUUGUUCAUACAAUGAAACAGGCAGGCUUGCAGUUCAGUAAGACAGUUAUAACCAUAUUUCAGUCAAGAAAUGUUAAUACAAAUAGCAUAAAACCAUUCCAAAUAGUCUCCAUUUCUGAUCAACACAAAGACAACUGUCCUCUUUAUAUGUUCAGCUGAAACUGCCAGUAACAUUUCUCCUUAACAAAGGAGUUAGUCCUGUUUUUUGCCAAAAUAGAAAUUGAAAUUCUUAUCACUCUUAAAAAUUGGUUUACUUCACCACAAAAGUUAGUGUCCCUAGCAAAGAGAGUAAGUUCCAGCUAAUAAUGCAUAUGUUAAAUGUGUAUACUGUCUGUAUCCACCUUCUGAUCAAAAUGAGAAUGGCAGGGUGGAACUGGCACAUUUGGAUCAAUGGAGUACAGAAAAUCUUUGUAUAAAAUGGCACAGUGUAUCUAGGAAGAAGGUAUCCUGUUGAAACCAAGUCUUGAAUGGUUGGGACAAUCUUUAAUGAAUGUCAUGUAUGUCAUAUGACUUUUUUUUUUCUCUCCCGUGGUUUCAUUUCUUUGUCGUAUUGCAUUAAUAGAUUGGGUUGGGUUUUAUACGCAGUUUAUUUUAUCCAAUUUUGCAUAGAACACCACAUAGGAGAUAUGAUUUUUUGUAAAUUAAAUAUUCAAAUAAACUUUUUGAACCAUU